CGCCCCGGCCCCGCCUCCGCCCCCUGCCUUGAGUGAGCUGGGUGUUUCCUGCCUUUCAGUCCGGAUUUGUAGACUCCGGCGUCCUCCGACUUUUCAUGGAAGAGAUGUCAGGAGAAAGCGUGGUGAGCUCAGCGGUGCCAGCAGCUGCUACCCGCACCACUUCCUUCAAGGGCGCGAGUCCUAGCUCCAAGUAUGUGAAGCUGAACGUCGGGGGAGCCCUCUACUACACCACCAUGCAGACGCUCACCAAGCAGGACACGAUGCUGAAGGCCAUGUUCAGUGGCCGCAUGGAAGUCCUCACCGACAGUGAAGGCUGGAUCCUCAUUGACCGCUGUGGGAAGCACUUCGGGACAAUACUCAACUAUCUUCGAGACGGGGCUGUGCCCUUGCCUGAGAGCCGCCGGGAGAUCGAGGAGCUGCUAGCCGAGGCCAAGUACUACCUGGUGCAGGGCCUGCUAGAAGAGUGCCAGGCGGCUUUACAACAGAACAAAGAUACUUAUGAACCCUUCUGCAAGGUUCCUGUUGUCACCUCCUCCAAGGAAGAACAGAGGCUUAUAGCGACUUCAAAUAAGCCAGCCGUGAAAUUGCUCUACAAUAGAAGUAACAACAAAUACUCUUAUACCAGCAAUUCUGAUGACAAUAUGUUGAAGAACAUCGAGCUCUUUGAUAAACUUUCCCUGCGCUUUAACGGGAGGGUCCUGUUCAUAAAGGACGUCAUCGGGGAUGAAAUCUGCUGCUGGUCAUUUUACGGCCAGGGCCGAAAAAUUGCGGAAGUCUGUUGCACCUCCAUCGUCUAUGCCACGGAGAAGAAGCAGACCAAAGUUGAGUUCCCCGAAGCCCGCAUUUAUGAGGAGACCCUGAACAUUUUGCUGUACGAGGCCCAGGAUGGCCGAGGACCUGACAAUGCACUCCUCGAGGCCACAGGUGGGGCAGCUGGACGCUCCCAUCACCUGGACGAGGAUGAGGAACGAGAACGGGAGAGGAUUGAACGAGUGCGGAGGAUCCACAUCAAGCGUCCUGAUGACCGGGCCCACCUCCACCAGUGAGCGGGCAAGCGCAAGCUGCCCUCCACCCUCCCUUUGCCCCUGCCCCUCAGACCCUGUGCAGGCUUCAGGGUACCUCCCACUUCCCCCUGGAGUCUGGAGACACUUUUGUAACAAGCCAGAUGAUUAUUUUGAUAUUUCUCGACAAAGUGGAUUGCCUCUGUGUUAACCCAGGUGCGCACCCCUUCUGAACAAGCUGUGUCUAAGGACUCCACUUCUCAUGAGAGCCUGGAGCCGGCCUUUCUUGGCUCUUGGAGGAAGAGUGUGAAUGAGUUUGGCAUGUAUGUGAGAGCCUUUGUUGCACUAUUUAUUUUCAUAGGUGUUGACUACCUGUUAGGGCUGCUUAAGUGACACUCCUUUAAGGGCUCAUUUGACAGCUCUGAGGGGCUGUGUAGGUGGCAACUGGGAGCAGCCUGGCCCUGUGUAUUCUGACCAGGCUGGGAGUCUGCUCUGUGUACGGUUUUAUGACUGGAGCUCAUUGGCCAAUAGUUUCAGCUUGUAGUAGUGGACAGGGGACCAAGUGUGCUUCCAGCCUCUCUGUGGUCCCUCAGUGUGGCAGCUCAACUGUCUGGCAAGGAGCAGAUCGUUUCCUGCCAGUGGGUUCUGCUGUCUUCUGUGCUCCUCCCAUCCCAGAAGGUCAUCUGAAUACCUGCAGCCAUUGCUCCUGACCACUGCCUUAAGGGUCUGCUCCCUGUGAGGCCUCCUUUCCUUAAGUGGGCAUCUUGCCCUUGGUUAGGAACUGUGGCCCCCCAACAUGGUGGCAUCGGGUAAGGACACCCCUAGGAGCUCGCAGGCUGACUCAGGGCGUUUCCCUGCUAUCUCGUAUAGCUCCCUUCGGUUUUUAUUUCCUGCAGAAUAGAGUGGGCGUGCAGAUACCUUUGAGUCUUGUUUGUGUUCGAGGACGUGUGUGACUGCUGGUGGGGACGUGUGACUGUGGGGCACAGGUGCUUGUGAGGAGGACAUGCCAGUUACCUCUAGUCCCCUCUGCUCCUGUGUAGAUGAGUCAUGAUUGGCAUGGGUGGUUGUGAGUAGACUAGUUAAAAGGUUAAGGUGAGUACUUGAUGAAGGAAUUGUUACUUUUUUUUUUUUUUUUUUUUUUUGAGGCAGGGUUUCUCUUUUGCUUUGGAGCCUGUCCUGGAAUUAGCUUUUGUAGACCAGGCUGGCCUCGAACUCACAGAGAUCCACCUACCUCUACCUCCCGAAGGCUGGGAUUAAAGGCGUGUGCCACCACCGCCUGAAUUAUAUUUUAGACCAAAGGUAUGAUAGUGGGUAAUCUCUGAAACGUUUUUAAAACCAGGACAGGCUCCAAAACCACAGAGAAACCCUGUCUCGAAAAACCAAAAAAAAAAAAAAAAAAAAAAAGUUUCUAUUUUGUGACGGUUUUUACAGCUCACUGUGUGCGUGACAGUCGCAUACCUUUCUCUUGUGUCUGGCAGAAAAGGCAACAAUAAGUAAACAGUCCCGACUGGAUCGAGGAACCGUGUAGAUGCUUUUUACACAAUGGUAUGGCAAAACUUUUGUAUUCAGAGCCAAGAAAGGGAGCUUACAGAUCAUGUUUCAUGAGUUUUUUAUACUGUUUGUUUUAAACGUCAGCCCCACCCUGUGGGUUCAACUUUCGUGGGAAGUAAAAGUGAGUGUCAGUCCUGGUGUGUUCUGUAGGAACAGGAAAGUCACUGUCUACACUGUUUAAAUGUGCGUGUGCAGAGUGAGUUGGUGGCGUAGGUGACUUGCCUUGGCCUCUGCGCCUUACGUUACUCUUUUGGCAGCUCUCUCUACUCUUUCCUCAAACCUUGUGCCUGCAACUUUGCACCUCCGCACCCAGGGAUAGGAACAGGCCUGGCAAACAUUCCAAGGUGCCAGAAACGCCGACAGCUGUGUCUGCCAGGGCCUGAUCCAGAGUCAGGCCUUCCAAAGCUCUGCUUCUAGCACGAAGGGCAGUCGUCAGCACUGCAGUUCAGAGCCGUUCAGUGAAACACUGGCCUCGGAUUUGGUGUAAAGAGUGAAGUUUUAUUGCACACUAAUGGCUCGCAAUUAAAAUAGAUUGGAAUAGCUAACCAUCAUAACCAAGUUCUGUGUUUGUGGCAACUGGGGCCCACACCCCUAGCAGGCACAGCCUUCUGUCGCCUUCCUGGGGAAGAUUGGCUGUUUGACCUCUCUAAGUCAUGGUCCCAUGUAGGUACAACUUUUCCUCCCUGCUGCUCACUGCUGGUACUCAGCCCUCCCCAGGGUGUGUGCAGGCUAGAGGACGCCACCCAAAGUCACUGGUCACCUUAGCACACCCCUAACCUUCCUGUGUGCACUGUGGAAACAAUGCUGGGGGUUUUAGACAUGAUCACUCUUGUGCAAGCGUCUGUAGACACAUGUAAAAUAAACGUUAAACUGUGCUUCUA